CCAGGAGACUCAGGAAUGAAGCUGUUGUUUGCUGGACUGAAGGAUCCAGGCUGGACACUGGACACUCUCAGGUAUGGAGAGAAUGUCUGAUCGAGGAAGAAGAGCUGGAAACAGUUCCUGUGUCCUUCACUCACUUCCUGUUUGUGUCCUGAAGAUGUGAAUGAACAAACACACCUGCAGGAACAUUUUACCUUUCUUCCCAACAGAAUGUUUCUAUAUACUAUUUUAACAGCUAAAAUAACACACUUUUUAUUAUAAAACACUUUAGUGGUUUUAAUUCAUAAUUAUAUUGAGGUUUUCAAAAAUAUUUUAUUUCUGUAUUUUGUCUUUUAAUUUGCAAUAAGUUUCCACAAUGAAUUCAUGAUGUUAAUCUCUAUUAAACUGUGAGAAUUAACAGCAUGUGACACAGUUUCUGUCCUUCCUGCUGUUAACCUUGUAUACUUUCUCUGGUGCUGUGUGUUAUGCUGCAUCAGAAUGCUGGACUCACUUAGAAGUCAGAGGUCAUGUGCAGUAACCACACUAACACCAAGAGGAGAAAAAACAGCUGGCAGCAAAGGCAGGGAGGUAUCCUUUCCAGCUAAACAGAAGAGGAAUAAAAAGAUAAUGAAGGUCACAGUUUGAAUCAGUCAUAUUUCAUUCAAUACAGUAGUGUACUGACAGAUCCAGGAUCAGUCCAAAUCAUCAGCAGUUUGAUCCACUUUUGGAUUCAAGUGUAUUUGUGUCUAACAUCAUUAAUCUAACAUCAUUAUCAGUGUCUAACAGUAUGUGUAUGACAGCCAUGUAAUGUCAAUGUGUUCAUGCUGAAAGAGACUGUGCUGGUCUGAUCCCCCUCCUCCUUUCAGGGUGGAGCCUGCUGGAGUCCGAUGGAUGAAACCAGGUCUGAGGAAGUAUUCCUGUCAACUCACAAUCGACACAAACACAGUACACACAAACCUCAAACUGUCUGACAGCAACAGGAAGGUGACAUGGAUUAUGGAGAUUCAGUCAUAUCCUGAUCAUCCAGACAGAUUUGAUAUUUGUCCUCAGCUGCUGUGUGAAAAUGAUCUGACUGGUCGCUGUUACUGGGAGGUCGAGUGGAGAGGAGACGUUUAUGUAUCAGUGAGUUACAGAAGCAUCAGAAGGAAAGGAGGUGGUGACUGUGUUUUUGGAUGGAAUGAUCAGUCCUGGAGUCUGUACUGCACUGAUGAUGGUCCUUAUUCUAUCUGUUACAAUAACAGAAAAACAUGCCUCUCCUCCUCCUCCUCCUCCUCUGUCUCUAACAGAGUAGCAGUUUAUGUGGACUAUCCUGCUGGCACUCUGUCCUUCUACAGAGUCUCCUCUGACACUCUGAUCCACCUCCACACCUUCAACACCACAUUUACUGAAACUCUUUAUCCUGGAUUGGGAUUUUGGCCUGGUUCAUCAGUGACUCUGUGCUGAUUUGAGUGUAAAGAAUGUCCUCCUGUUAGAGAAACACUGACUGUUGAACAGAUGGUUCAGUCUGUACAGAUUCAUGGAUUCAAUCAGUUGAUGUUUUAAACUGUUCUAAAUUAUUCCAUGUAAACGUCUUCGUCUUCAGUCCUUUAAAGAUGGAAGCUACAAUUAUUCCAGGAUCCACAUUUUGUUUUUCUGUCUUUUUCCACUCAAUGCUUCACAGUAAAUAUAUCAGUAUGUUGUGUUUCUCUGAAGUUAGUUCACAACCAGCUCCUCUGCAUUUUCAACAAGUCUGAGCUCAUUAAAAUGAAUCCAAAUGUUUGAUUUCUCUUUCUUAAUGGGAUUUUUCCAAACUCUCCACAUGCUUCCACUGUUUCACUCAUUGUUGGAAACUCAUCAUUUGAAAAUGUUUAGUCAUAUAAGCAGAAAAUAUUGGCUCAAUAGUUUUUAAUGCAGUUUUAACCAGAAUAUGAUUGUAUUGAGGGAUCGUAUUGCAUGUGGCUUAUCUAAUAAACAGCAAAGCAUUACAUAUGUUCUGUAUCACAUUGUUUGGUUAAAGAGUUUGUCCACUGUGCUGAAUCGAUGAGCUAAAUAAUGAAUAUCGGCUUUUAUGAAUCAUUUCUUUUAUUUGUGUUUGUCAUUUUGAUAUGAAAUAAACUUGGUUAGUUUCUCA